UUGAUUUGAUUUGUGCCAGGCAUAUUUGGCCUGUUUUGACGUGUUAUCCGUGACCAGUAAGGCACAGGUCUGUACAAACAGCAAAGCGCACACCACAAGCGGUGCAAUUUCCUCCGACGGACGCGGAUUUCCAGCUUCGGUUUUCGGUACGGUAUCUUCAGCGAAGAACCGUGCUGUUUCCUUAGCUGUGCAAGAGUUCAAGAGUUUCAGUCGUCGGUGUUCCUCGGUGUAGAGUCUUCAGCGAAGACCUACACUGGUGUCACCGAUACUCGGCAAGGAUUCAGCGAAUCCUAAGCCGUGGGCCACAAGCGGCGAAGCGCCAAAGGGGCGCACGGGACAAGACCAGAUCAGACUCCUCCAAACUGGAGUAGAGCACCACUACUGUUGCUACGGCAGUCAGCCGGCACAGUAACAGACUAAAAGCGUGCGGCACAACCGCUACGGAAAAGCGGCAACGCGGGAGCGGAUGGUGGAGAAGAAAUUGGAUCAUUUGGAUCAUUUUCCCUGUGGAACGGACGGUCAACAGAUUCAAAACGGAGAAAAUGGCACAGAAAGGUCAAGCCACUCCUAAAAGCUCGGGAUCCGCAUCGGAGAUAAACAGAUCUACGGGCUAUAACCCUAAAUGUCCGGACUGUUUACGGAAUAACAGAAAAGUCGAUAAGAAGUUCCCGUGCUACACAUGUGUUCACAGGUUGGGGGACCCACACAUCGUCUCACUCGUGGGACUUAUGGAAGCUAAACGCGGGAACAUGGAUGUCUUUCGAAACCUCAUCAGCGCGAGGAAUUACGGCAGCAUCCCAGUUGAAGAACGAAUGCUACUGGAGGAUCGUUACCGUGAAGCGAUCCAGAAUAACGAAAGCGGCUGGGACAAGACUUUGGAGCCGUUGAAAUGCCCACAAACGGACGCAUACCGAAAGAAAUUCGAGGAGGAACAGGAGAAGAUGCGGCGGCAACAGCUGGAGGAUGAACUCCGGGCGAAGAUCAAUGCGGCGAAUCAAAAGGCGAGCGAACAGGCCGCACGAGAGGCGCAGCCCAAUCCGUCGAGUUCGACUGUACCGACAGCCGGCCUCAAUGACGACGAAGCACAGCUGAUACGCCAGUCGCUCAUCAUUCAAAUCGACACGCUGACGAGUGAUCCGGCGGCCAUGCAACAAGACCUAUUUGAUGCGCUGUUACGGGAGAAAUUGAGACUGCAGAAGGGUUUCGCCCGGCACCAUACAUAAAGAAAGCAGUCGAAGAACGUAUGGAGGAGUUGCGUAAAUCCCGCCAGAACGAGAGUAACGUUCUCCAGGCGCUCAGAGGAUUUAGACGAGAUGACGUGUUUACACGACCCCGUUCGCCUCCGCAGAGGGAAAGGUCACGCGGACAUUCACGCGAACACGAGCGGACUUCUGAAAGACGAAGCGAAAGGUCACGUGAACACUCCCGGGAAAGGACACGGGAUUACCACAGCGAAAGGUCACGCGAACGUUCUCACGACAGAGAUUAUCGUGGCGGAAGAGGAUGGGUACGCCAUGGAAACGAGAUUACCGAGACAAGCAUCCAACGAAAAAUUGAUACGGCAAAGAUUUUAGCAGCGACUA